AAUUUUUUUUUUGGUUUACUCCCUUUCAGAAUUCAGUUUGGUCAUUUGUCUCAUCUUUUUCUCCUGUGCUAUUAUUUAGCAGUUCCAUUUAUUACUGAAGUUGAUUAUUUUGCUCUUGUAUACCUUGUAACUAUUUCUGUAUUAUUUUAUUAAUUUUGGCUUGGAUUGCCUAAGCUUUUUUAGGGGCUUGUAAUUGGUAUGAUUUCACACUUCUCUGUUUUCUCUUUAACAAAAUUUUGGUUUUGGGUUUACAAAAUAGGAAAUUUUGUUUUGUUAUCGGAGUUCAAAUUGAGAUGGAAUAAUUUUCUUUUUCUUUUUCUUUUUGGGUGGCCAUGGUUAGAGGUUUUAACUUUGGUGGGGAAUUGGUAUUCUUGUAGCACAUUACUCUCUGAAGAGUUUCCAAAGGACUGAAUUGAGAGAAUGGGUGGAAAAUUCUCAAAAACACAGAGUUACUACAGCCCUUCGUAUGAAAGUAGGCAAGCAACUCCAAGGAGUACCUCAAGAUAUACUCCCUUCCAUCAGACCCAUGCACAACCAGAUGUUGCUGAAAGGUUGCAGAGGAAGUAUGCAAAGAUCGGUGAUCACUAUAGCUCCCUUAGUCAGGUGACAGAUGCUCUUGCACAAGCUGGUCUUGAAUCCUCAAAUCUCAUAGUGGGGAUCGAUUUUACCAAAAGCAAUGAAUGGACAGGUAAAGUCUCUUUCAACCGUCGGUCCUUGCAUCACAUAGGAGAGUUCCAAAAUCCAUACGAGCAGGCUAUCUCUAUUAUUGGAAGGACCCUCUCAGCUUUUGAUGAGGAUGACCUUAUUCCUUGUUUUGGAUUUGGUGAUGCAUCAACCCAUGAUCAAGAGGUAUUUAGCUUUCAUCCUGACCAACGAUCAUGUAAUGGGUUUGAAGAAGCAUUGGAAAGAUACAGAGAAAUAGUGCCAGAACUCAGGCUAGCAGGACCAACAUCCUUUGCGCCGAUGAUUGAACAAGCCAUUAGCAUUGUAGAUGGCACAGGUGGUCAGUAUCAUGUCCUACUAAUAAUUGCUGAUGGACAGGUGACACGGAGUGUUGACACACAAAGUGGCGUAUUAAGCUCACAAGAACGUCACACUAUGGAUGCCAUUGUUGAAGCAAGUAAUUACCCAUUGUCAAUUGUUCUGGUUGGAGUUGGUGAUGGACCUUGGGACAUGAUGAGAGAGUUUGAUGACAAUAUACCAUCCCGGCAAUUUGAUAAUUUUCAGUUUGUGAACUUCACUGAGAUAAUGUCUAGAAAUGUCCCUUUUACACAAAAAGAGACAGAUUUUGCACUUGCGGCAUUGAUGGAAAUUCCCGCACAAUAUAAAGCGACUAUUGAUUUGCAACUUCUCGGUCGACGUAGAGGAAUUGAGUCGAGGUUCUGCCUCCCAACACCAGUGAGAAACAAUGAUCGAAUGCCUUCACGAGCCAACAGCUUUGCUCAAAGACCUUCAGUCCACAAAAGUGUUACUUCUGCUCCGCCCAGUGAUCGUCAGAUAUGUACCAUUUGUUGCUGGCAGAAGAAAGAUCUCGCCUUUGGUUGCGGACAUCAGACCUGCUUUGACUGUGGGAAAGAUUUAAGAGAUUGCCCCGAGUGUUUUUCCCGUAUAUCGACCAGAAUAAAACUUUAUUAAUGCUCCGAAGCAAUAAAUCAACUCGUUGCCGGCAAUGUUUCAGAUAAUGACUGCAAUACACAAUUAUAUGAAUCGAUAGAACUUCGAACAAGUUGAUGUAUAUGUUUAUAAUCAACCAUACAGUUUCGGUUUUGAUUUUCAUUUUGUUAUGUAUAUAUUCAUUGCAGUUGAAUGAGAAACUGUUUUAUCAUUCAUUGAAGGAAUAAAUUUGAUGCUAUUUCUCUA